AUGUUGAAAAAAUUGCCAUGCCUGCUCACGAGAAACCACCCACUUGCAACCUUACCGGCUAUUGAUCCCGAGAUAGAUUGUCAAGUGGUAAGUAAACUGGACUUGCGUGUUCCGAUGCUAUUGGGAUUUUUCCAUAUGCUUUGA